GGCGGCGGCGGGGGUUGGGAUGUUGGCGGCGCUGCCGGACGGCGAUGAGCGGGAGAUGGAGAGCAGCGAGGAGGGCGGCGGUGGUGCGGGAGACGAGCGGCGGCCGGAGCGGCACGGCAGCACCUACCACAGCCUCUACGGCUACCGGAGCCGCAGGUCCUCGCGGCGGGGUGCGGAUGGCGGCGAUUGCGGCGCGGCGCCUGGGAGCCCUCCCGGCCGGGACUUCAGCCUCUCUUUGCUGGACACAAAUUUACCAGGUGAAGCAGAAACCGAACUGCGCAGCUUUAUUGCUAAACGUCUGGCCAAAGGAGCCGUUUUUGAAGGCAUGGGGAAUGUAGCAACUGUGGAUUUGAGUAUACCAGAAUGUAAAGUCGGUUGUUAUUACUGUCUUUUCCAACAAGAAAGUCUUCCAGAAACAGCAACGCUGGAAUCGGAAACCAAUGUUCCAGAAUAUGUGGUUUGUUUCCUAGGUGGCUCAGAGAAGGGUCUGGAACUUUUCAGACUUGAAUUGGACAAAUACAUUCAAAGUCUGAAGCUAAGCCUUGACUUGGAGCAGAAAACGUUGGAGACCUCUGUUAACCCCUACUUAAGAAGCUGGUUUGAGAAUUCCAUAUGCCCAAUUCAGAGAGUGGUACAGCUCUUCCAGGAGAAACUGGCCUUCUUGUUACAUGCUGCAUUGAGUUAUACUCCUGUGGAAGUAAAAAAUGCAGAUGAAAGAACAGAAAAAGACAUUAACAGGUUUCUGGCAGCUGCCAGCCUCCAAGGCCUUGUUCAGGAAGGCACAAUGACCUCCUUGUGCAUUGCCAUGACUGAGGAACAGCACAAGUCAAUGGUUGUAGACUGUAUUGGAGCCCAGCCUCAGCUACACAAUGCAGGAAGCAACAGAUUUUGUGAGGACUGGAUGCAUGCUUUUGUAAAUGGUGCUGAGGUUGGAAAUCCAUUUCUCUUCCGGCAAAUUUUGGAAAACUUUAAAUUGAAGGCAAUACAGGACAUUAACAACCUGAAGAGGUUUAUUCGACAGGCUGAAAUGAACCACUAUGCCUUGUUCAAGUGUUACAUGUUUUUAAAGAACUGUGGCAGUGGAGACAUCCUUUUGAAGAUUGUUAAAGUAGAACAUGCAGAAAUGCCAGAAGCCAGAAAUGUAGUGACUGUCCUUGAGGAAUUCAUGAGAGAAACAGCAGUGGCUUAAAAUUAUCUUAAUAAUUCUACAGUUGUUGGAGGGUAUUGUAUAAAUCAUUAAUUUCUUCUGUGCAGCUUAGUUUCACUGUUGCAGAAAUUUUACUUUUAAAAGCAUUACCUAAGUCAAACCUAAGUUGCAAUUUCAGCUCCUUCUCUCCCUCGAGAAAGAAAGCAGCAUGAGCUUUUUUUAAUGUGUAAAUAUCAGAUCUUAAAAAACACUAUUUUCAAUGCUUAACAUUCUCCAAUUGAUUUGUUCAUCUUGUGAGAAAAUCAUUGUUUGUGGUUUUUUUUUUUUACAGUGUUGGUCUGAAAAAGAGAAGUGUUUUAAAUAUUUUAAAUAUAUUUAAAGUUAUCAUGUCUAAUAAUUAAGAUCCAUUUACUUGUUUUAGUAGAAAAAGAAGCACAAACAUGUAGAUAAGUGAUAGUAAAUGAGUUCAUCUUUGUUCAUGUGAGAGAAUAUAAAGUCUGCAGCUAGUUUCUACAUCCUACUUUCAAAUCAGCACUUUGUUCUUCUGUUAUUAUUGAAGAAACAACUUGUUUGUUGACAGGAGAUAGAAAGUCUGAGCAGGGUUUUAGGACUCAAUUUGUAUGUGCUUCUGUCUGUUCAUAUAUAUGCUGGUCAGGCAUGUUAAACUCCCAGACUAGAUUAUGAAUCCAAUUCAUUAUUUUAUAUUUUUGUGACCAAGAUCUUCUUUGUACAUUCCUAGUACCCCUUUUGUAUACGUGAAAAUAAUUGUGUGUAGUGAAGAAUUAAUCAUAAAGAUUUUCCAGGUUCAGUAUUAACUUCAUAAAAGCUUCUUCGUAAAUUGAAAUAAACUAACUGUCCAAAUUAAUUAUUCAGAAUUGAAAACAUUUCCUUGUAUUUCAGCAAUGAAUUCUUGUCCCCAUCAUAGGACAUUUAGACAGCAGAAUACUUGAAGAAUAUUUUUGUUGACAGAUGAAAUUAAAACUAACCAGGUUUCUGGGUGAGCCUGGAAGUGAGGAUUAUUUCUGCAAUCUGAUAUAAGCGAAACUGUCUACUACUAUCAUUUGCAGCAGAGGGUGCUGGAAUGCCUAACUACUACUUUGAAACCCAGUUGUUCUUUUGUGUUUUUUUGUUUUUAACUUUCAUCUGUAAAACUUAGCUUACUUGUUUGGGCUUCUCCUCUUCAAGGUAACGUGUUGCUCAUUAUCACUCCCACUGAAUGUGUACUUUGUUAGAUGUGGACAAUUGCAGUUACAGCUCUUUCUGUUGAUUGUUGCAGAAUUUUGCUAGCACUGAAGGUAGUUGGCAUUAUGAAAAACAUAACUCCUUCUUUCUGCAGACUUUAACAUCAUUCUGCUUUUAUCAGUAUCAUUGUGGCUUUGCCUUUCCAAGCACUGGACUACUAAAUGCAAGAUGGUCAGAAAUACCACCUGGUAGUGUUAAGUCAUGAGUUUGCAGGUGUUGCUGGCAUAAUCCUAGCAAAAAUUCUAUUUUAAAUAGAAAAGAAGAAAUUAAACAAUAGCCUAAUAAAUAACACAGAAGCAGCUAGUUUAGUUGGAUACAUGCCUGGAAGGUAUGACACAACUCUCCAGCAAUCAACUACAAAAAGCUGAGGAAGAAGCACACAAAUGUUUAGAAGAUGAUGAAAUGUGCACUUAAUCUGCAAACCCUCCAUCCGAAUGAAAAGUUUUAAGCAGUCUGAUGUAUUUGGUCUUCAUUCCCCUCAGUUCUGAGGUCACUGCUGCCAUAGAGCUUCAGCUGUUACAUGGGGGGACAAGAUGUGUGUUUGAAUGCCAGUCAGAAGCUAUGUCUGUGUCCUUGUUUAACUCCUGGAGAAAUAAAGCAGCGAUUCACUUUCCCCUUUAUCAGACAGCUUUAGAAACGUAAGACUGAAUUAUCAAUGUCAUUAUUGAAAGAUAACAUCUCAGAGCCCAAAGCCAACUGCCCUUUGGUUAAAUACUGUAAUUGUAGACAAACUUACAAAACUGCCUGUGGAAGAUUUUCCUUGGUUGAUUUUUGGCAUGUGAUGGAAGGCAGCUCUAUUUGAUUGAAAAAAAAAAAUCCACCAACAAAAAAGAUUUAAUGGAUUCUGAGCUCAAAUAAUAUUGUUACAACAAAAAUAUACAGAAUGUACACAAUACAAAAAUAUUUGGAAACAAACCAUAGUGUGUUACCUUGCAAAUAUCAUUUUGUUUUACUAGCCCUUAACGGGAAAGUAUCAUUUGUUCAGUAUUUUAAGGCAGAAAAUUACAUUGUUUAGUGCUUUGUGUUUAACGUUUGGAUAUGUUGUUAGGAUUAGUAGUGUAAGCAAAAGAAAAGCUGAGUAACUAGCUUUAUUUGCCAACUAAUCAGACACUGGGGGAGUCAGGAGACAGUGACUAACAUAUCUAUUAAGCUCAUUAGAAAUUAAGGUUGUUGCUACUUAUAUCAGGCCUGGGGAAUAUUUUGUGCUCUGUAUUGUCAAGUACCCUGAAACAUACAUUUUCUGAACUACUACUGGCAUUUCAGGAAUAUCUCAUUAGACAACUUUUUCCAAUUAAGUGCUGUUGAUUAACGAUGACAUUAAAAAUACAUUUACCUUUAAACGA